ACUACUAUCGACAUCAAUAUGCGUAUCCUUCUCCUUGCAGCAUUGGCGGUUCUCACCGCAGCCCAUUCUCCUUUUGAUAAUCCUGGUUGGCUAUCGCAACCUGCUUGGCCGUCGCAGCCUCACCCUACGGAACCUGCUCCCCCAUCUGCUGUUCAAGACGUCGCAUGCAUCUCAGCUCCAGAUGCGUCCCUGAUCGCCACAAGUUUCGGCUUGACCAUUUCCAACUACACCGAGGCUCUCGCAGUGCAGCUUUUCACCAACAACUUCACCGAUCAGUCAGACAGUGUCAACACACUGAUUCACGAGCCAGGCUUGCAAGCCAAAGAUCUCGGCUCUUUGACCUUCACAUCAAAGGCAGAAUUUCUCGCCGGUCAGGGAGCACAACCACCUGUCCCUUUCAAGAUCUUGAAUCUCUGGAACACAUGCAACACUGUCAUCAUUCGCUGGCUUUCUGCUCAGACUUUACCUGUGCAAGGCAUUAGUAUUGCUGCCGUUGUACCUGCAGUCGAAGGACAAGGUGGCGGCUUCGGCGUGGGUACUCAGAAAUGGCAGAUCUCUGCUAUCGUUGCAGAAUUCAACUCUGGAGCUUGGUUGGGCAAUCUUGGGUACCCGGAGUGUAAGGUUGUAGCCAAUGCUACGGCCUCCUGA